UUGCCUCCCUCUCUCUCUCUCUCUAGGUUUUGAACUCCUCCCUCCCUUUCCCUCUCUCUCUCUAGUUUUCUAGUUAAAACGUUCUCUGUUAAUGGGGGACUGUGACGAAGAGAACGGCUUAGAAAGCAUGGCCUCCACCUCUGAAACUUUCAUGGUGGGUUUUGUCAUAGUUAACAUAGUGGGCCUGAAACAUUACACGGGCACUAUUAAUGGCAGAGAAAUGGUGGGUUUAGUGAGAGAACCCCUCAACCCAUAUGACCCAAACGCCAUUAAAGUCCUCAACAUGAGAGGACAACAGGUGGGUUACAUAGAGAGGGACUCUGCAAAAGUUCUCUCUCCUCUCAUUGAUGAAUCUUUUAUCACCGCUGAAGGGAUAGUCCCUCGAGGCCUUCGGAACUUGUACAAAAUGCCAUGUCAAGUUCACAUUUUCGCAAGGUUCGAGUUAAUGGAAGCUGUGAGGCUUCAGAUUUUGGAGUCGGGUUUGGAGUUCAUUUCAAGUACUGAUGCUGGUUUUUCUCUCUCUAAAUCGGUGGUUGUUCAAGAGAGAAGCAAAGGCGAACAUUCCCGAAGCAUUGAUGAGAUUUUCUCAUCAAUGGAGACCGAAAAGAAGGUAAGAAUGAUCGAACCCUCUGAGACUAUUGUUUCUGAGCUUUUUCCCCACCAAAAAGAAGGGUUGGGUUGGUUGGUUCAUCGAGAGAAUUCUUCGGAAUUACCCCCAUUUUGGGAGGAGAGAGAAAUUGGGGGAAAGAAGAUCUUUUUCAAUGUUUUGACAAACUACCAGACAUAUGAUAGACCUGAGCCUAUCCGGGGUGGUAUAUUUGCUGAUGAUAUGGGGUUGGGAAAAACUGUUACUUUGUUAGCGUUGAUUGCAAUAAACAAACCCGGUUCAGUUGUAGUUCCAAAUUUUAUCAAUGCUGAUUCUGAAUUGGCUGGUUCUUCUGAAACUGUUAAUAUUAACUCUGACCAAGUUCAUUGUAGCACAAAGAAUACAAACCCUAAUUUGAAUUCCGAAUUGGAUGGUUCCUCUGAAGUUGUUACUACUAAGUCCAAGAAAGUUAAUUCUAGAAGGAAGAAUUCAAUUUCUGAUCCUAAUUCUGAACUGGAUCCUGGUUCUAGAUCAGUUGGGAAAAAAUCCAAGAGAACCAAUAAUUUGAAGGAAAAUUCCAAUUCGAAUUCUCGCAAAAAAAGGAAAAAUGAUAGUGGGGCUGUUAAAGAAUUUACGGACAAUGUAGUCUAUGAAGGUCCUAGUUUGUCGGGGCCAAAGACCACUCUGGUUGUCUGCCCCCCUUCAGUGAUUUCUACAUGGAUUUCACAGUUGGAAGAGCAUACUAAACAUGGUAGUUUGAAGGUGUAUUUGUACCAUGGAGAGAGGACCAACAAAGCAAAGGAGCUUCGAAAGUUUGAUCUUGUAUUGACGACAUAUAGUACCCUUGCUGCUGAAUUUGAUUGUCCUGAUUCACCUAUUAAGGAGAUAGAGUGGUUGAGAGUGAUUUUGGAUGAGGCCCACCUUGUGAAGAAUGCAUCAGCCAAACAGUCUAAGGCGGCAAUAGCUCUAAAUGCAAAGAGGAGGUGGGCGGUUACUGGGACGCCUAUUCAAAAUAAUUCGUUUGAUUUGUUCUCACUCAUGGCGUUUUUGAGGUUCCAACCCUUCUCAAUCAAAAGUUAUUGGCAGAGCUUAAUGCAGCGUUCACUUGGCCAAGGGAGUUCAAGUGGCCUCAUGCGUUUGCGGGCCUUGAUGGGAACCAUUUCUCUGAGGAGGACAAAAGAUGUGCAAGAUGAUAGGAAAAGCUUGGUUGGAUUGCCGCCAAAAACUGUUGAAAUUCAUUUUGUGGAGCUUUCUGCAGAGGAGCGCAUGCUGUAUGAACAAAUGGAAACAAAUGCUAAAAAUGUUGUUUCAGAAUAUAUCGAUUCUGGCAGUGCCGUGCGCAAUUACUCCACUGUGCUUCAUAUCAUUCUGCGACUGCGCCAGAUUUGUGAUGAUUCAACCCUGUGUCCUUCGGAUAUUACACGCCUUCUUCCAUCCAAUGAUUUUUCAGAUCUAUCCACCAACCCGGAGCUGCUGAACCAGGUGCUUGCCCGUCUCCAAGAGGAAGAGUGGCAUGAUCUUGACUGCCCCAUCUGCCUCUCACCCAUAGCUGAUGCCCACCCCACCAUCACUCGCUGCACCCACCUCUUCUGCCGUCCCUGCAUCCUCACGUCUCUCCGCCACCACCCCACUAACCCACGAUGCCCCAUUUGUCGAACCCCUCUCUCAAACUCUGACCUCUUCUCUCUCCCCCAACCCCCCCAAGCACCACCCCCCGACCCCUCUGUCACAAAAAACCUCAGCUCCAAGACCGCCACCCUCAUUAAACUCUUGGUUUCUUCGAGACCCAAUAACCCAUCGGGCAAGUCGGUCGUUUUCUCUCAGUUCACCUCAAUGCUGAACCGACUAGUAGGCCCAAUUCGCGAGGCUGGGUUUGAGGUCAUGAGACUGGAUGGGACAAUGUCGGCUAAGAAAAGAGGAGCGGUGGUUCGUGAAUUUGGGCUGAGUGGUUCUGGUUCCCAUGGUGGGGGGGUCGUUUUGCUAGCUAGUCUGAAAGCUGGUGGGGUUGGAGUGAGCCUAGUGAGUGCGUCGAGGGUGUAUAUGAUGGAGCCAUGGUGGAACCCGGCUGUUGAGGAGCAAGCUAUGGACCGGGUGCAUAGGAUUGGGCAGAGAGAGAAAGUGGUGGUCGUGAAGUUGGUCGUGAGAGGGAGUGUUGAGGAGAGGAUGGUGGAGUUGCAGGAGAAGAAGAGGAGAGUGGCGAAGGGAGCAUUUGAGUUGGAGGGUAAGAAGACGAAGCAGGGGAUUACAUUAGAAGACAUGCAGGCCAUCAUGCGGUUGUAGAGCUCCUCUAUCUCUCUCUCUAUGUACAUGUUUUUGUAGACCUGCUACCAUGUGCAUGUAAAUUCAUCUCUCUCUUGGCCACAGGGAUUUUGUUAUUAUUUUGUGGUGCUAAUGGCAUUUUUCUCCCAAAUUUCCGUUCUUUCUUCUGAGAACCCAUUUGUCUCAAAUGUAAGUGUCCUAUUUUUCAACAUAAUACCUUCUCACUCUCAAAUGCAUGCUAUUGUUGGGCCUGCUACUCUGUGCUUGUAAGUUCAUCUGUGGAUGGGUUUCUGUUCUUUGUAAUUAUUUACUUUGCUAAUGGCAAGUUCAA